AUGCAAUUGUUGGUUGUGUUGCUGCCGUUGCUGCUGCUGCUGCUGCUGCUGGAUGGCUCGGGUGUUUCAGCUCUGCGUUGUUAUACCUGUCAGGACUGCGAUGAGACGGCCAAGCUGAGCGAGAUGGAGGUGUGCAGUGGCUCGCCCACGUCAGCGAAUGCUGAUGGAAUGUUGAUGGCUGCCAUUCCCAGUCAGAGCCCCAGUGUGGGUCCUGCUGCCAUUCCAGGCACAGGUUCAGCUCCAGCCCCAGCUCCAGCCCAAGUCCCAGCUCCAGCCCCCGCCCCCUCUGCCACUGCUCCUGCUGCUGCUUCGGCUAGUGCUAGCGAGGACGAGGAUGAGGACUAUGAGGACAGCGAUGAGUCAGCUCCAAAUGCGCCACUCUCCCCCAUAGGCAUAGGAGCAGCUGCUGCAGGAAAUGGAAUUGGAGGAGCAGCAGUUGCUACAGGGACUGUGGCAGGUGCUGGUGCUGUUGCUGGUGCUCCUGCAACCGGAACCGGAGUUAAGCCCGGUGCUGCAGCCCCUGUCGACAGUGAUGGCGACGAGGAUGAAGACGAGGACGAGGACGAUGAUGAUCGACGCAGGCGUAGAACCGCCAGACAGGUGGCUGACAUUGCCGUCUGCUACACAGUCAGGCUCCAACGUAACGAUACAGUGAUCACUAAUCGUGGCUGCACCAUGGUCCGGUCGAGCAAUCAGUCUGCUGCCUGUGAUGCGCUCUUCGAGAACUGGAGCAUUGUGGGCUGUGAUCUGUGCGAGGGGAAUGGCUGCAAUGAACCCAGUCAUAUAACCAUCGGAUCACUGAAUGCAUCUGGCUCAAGGUCGACGUCAGCACAGUGGACAAUUUCAGCACUGACGCUACUGGCGAUUAUUGUGGCCUAAAGUGUGAAGUGGAGGCGCGCGAUUGAUACCGAAAUACAUCAAAUAUAUGGCCCCAAAA